UAGGUAAAAUGGCAUUAAUUGACCAUUACGAGGAAAAAAAGUAGACAUCAAUCAUUCGAUUAAGAAACACUCUUAACAUCUGAUCCAUUGAAUUACAACAUCUGAUACAGUAAAAACUCGAGUACACGCACAAGUGGAUGCAGUGGGAGUAGCGGUGUGGUGGCACCGUGGCAUUAUUGGAUAUGUAGGAGGCCCCAAAAAAACAUUGUAAGGCAAAAGUUAGAGAUAAGGCCAAUUUGUAUCACAUGUUUUUAAUUCCAUUUAGGCAAAUGAUGAGGCGGCGGCCCCGUCCGUGUCCUGCCUCCCUGUUUACCCUCCGCUGUAAGCCUGUAACUUUGAUUUUGACUCCCCCAUUUUAGUGGGAAAAUGGAAAAAUCGGCGUGAUGGAAGGAAUAAAAAAACUAAGCCACGUCAAAACCCCAGCUAGAUGGGGGAGUGAUUCCGUUUCCCGCUCCGCUCUUCACCCUUCUUCACCCCCAUCAUCACUUCAUCUCACGCUAUAAAUACCCUCGCAUUCCCGUUUCCUCUCUUUUCAUCUCUCUCCUCCACGCCCUCGACGCCGCUACCCUCCCGCCAAAUUCUACUGCUCUUCCAGACUUAUAACUUCAUCACAUACCUGCUGACUUCCUCUUCCCAUCACUCUUAUAGCUACUCUUUUCUUUAUUCAUCUUCGGUUGAUGCAGCUAAGAAAACUGAGAGUCCUCCGUCCGAUCUGAGGUCAUCUUGGACGGCUUCGAUGUUAGGCUGCGUCAGGAAGAGUAUGGGCAGUGACUUUGUGAUGCCGAUACGACCGGCGGUGAAGUUCUCCGAGCAUGUGGUCACCACAAGUAAGCAUAUGCAGGAGCUGGAGUCUGUGAGCGCCUCUGAGUGUCUUUCGGGGAGGAGGAGAGUGCGGCACAGAGUUGUGAGGAUUAUUCAUACCGACGGCGACGCUACAGACUCAUCCAGUGACGAUGAAGUGGAAUUGGUGCAGAGAGUGAAGCGACACGUCACAGAGAUCAGCCUCCAACCUUCAGUGGAGUCGCCACAAAAGGAGCCGACCAAGAAGAGAGUGUUGAGACUGCCGGAGUCGGAAAGCACUCGCCGGAAAAAAUUCAGAGGCGUGCGUCAGAGGCCCUGGGGAAGGUGGGCGGCGGAGAUCCGGGACCCGACCCGCCGGAAAAGGUUGUGGUUGGGGACGUACGACACGCCGGAGGAAGCGGCCAGGGUAUACGACAAGGCCGCCGUCAGUUUAAAAGGCCCCAACGCCGUUACCAACUUUCCCUCCGUCGUCAAAACGGAAUCCGUUGCUACUGCUGGUCAAAGUCAAUCAGAGACCUGCAGUUUACCCAGCGUCACCGCCUCCUCGCCCACCUCAGUCCUCCGUUACAACGAGGAAGCGCCUUUCAACGGAUUCGGGUACUGCGACGUCGACGCCUUCGGGUUUGAUUUCGACGUGCCGUUAACUUUGCCGGACAUAUUUUCAAAUAAGCACUUAGAGGAGGACGAAUUCGGGGAGUUUGACCCCGACGAUUUCUUAGUGUUUGAGACCUCUCUACCCCUCCUCCAUUCCAACAAGAGUGAUGAAGGCGAGUGCAGGGUGGGAGGGUUAUAAUUGUAAAAUGACAGAAAGGCGAUUUUGUUCGGUCUAAUACUUAUUCUUGAUUCUUGUAUUUGUAAUUUAGUGGUGUUGUAAUUGUAGCUUAAGUGGAUGAUGAGAGUCUACUAGAUUUUUAAGGUAAGGUGGGCUUAAUGCCUAAUGGUGAGUGGAGGGAUGUGAGCGUUUCUUGUAAAGCACGCCAGGCGUUGAAAAAUGAGAAGAUUUUUAUUUCAAUACAUAUAGAAAUAAACUAUGAUGCAA